CCGCCUCGCCCUCCCCAUCACGAGACCACCCACCACCUGCCUGCCUCUCGCGUCCUCACGAAAUUGGAGAAGCUAAGCUGUGACGACGAGCACCAUAUAUUUCUUUCAGUUUGCGAGAACCUUAGCUAGCUACAAUGGCGUCACUGGGCUUUGGCAGCACGGUGGCGGCCGUGGCCCCGGCGUCCUCGUCGCCGGGCCGGGGGCGGAGGCCACGGCCCAUGGUUGCCCUUCCGGCCGCCACGAGGGGCGGGCAGGCGGCGACCAAGGAGGAGAAGAGCCUCGCCGACUUCAUCUUCGGCGCCAUCUUCAAGAAGGACCAGCUCGUGGAGACGGACCCGCUCCUCAACAAGGUCGAUGGCGCGCCGUCCGCCGGAACCACCGUCUCCUCGCGUGCCAAGGCCCGGGGCGGCACCACGGCCGGCGCCAGGAAGGCCGCUGGUGACGACGACGGAGGCAGCGGCGGCGGGUUCAACUUGGGCGGGCUGUUCGCCAAGAAAGGCUGAACGUGCGUGCAUGCGUACAUGUGAGGUGUAAUUCCUGAAACCCCAAGCUGGAUUUGCUUUGGAAAGAUUGCGUAUAUACGUGUCGUGUGAGGUGUGCCUCAAGUGAUUUUUCAUGUGAUAAUAUGAUAUACUUCACGCAACAUUAUUUUGUUCAGCUCAGUAUGGCAUGGAUUGAAAGGAGCUGAUCUUGUUUAA